UCACUGUGAAGGCUGGGCGCUGGGAAGGAGGAUCAGGGCCUCGUUGUGGCUGAGAGAAGAGGCUAAAACCCCACACUUAUGGCUAUUUUGUAGGACGGUUUCUACCUUCAGUUGGAAUUGUGGAAGGGACGUCGUUAAAAGUCACCUGAAGUCGCCCUGAAGUUUUUCUCACUUGUGGGGCGCCCAACCAUGGAGAUGCAAAGGUGGUCCACAAGGUGGAAAACGAAAAGAUGGUAUAUGGAUUCCACUGUAACUGCAUUCAUCACUUUAACCCUGGUUCUACAGGCUGCUAAUGUCGGAGCAGCAGAGCCAGUGGAUGUCUUAAAAGUAUUAGCUUUUCAAAAUUACCCCGAAGGAGUGACGAAAACAUCAGGAUUUUGUGCAAACCGAAGAGCGUCGUCGCCAGACUCAGCAUACAGAGUCGCCAAGCAGACCCAGAUCAGUGCCCCCACCACACAGCUAAUCCCUGGUGGUGUCUUUCCUGAGGACUUCUCCAUCCUUACCACACUGCGCCCCAAAUCCGGCCUCCAGUCCUUCUUGCUGUCCAUUUACAACGAGCAGGGAGUCCAGCAGCUGGGCGUGGAAGUCGGACGCUCGCCCGUCUUCUUGUAUGAGGAUCAGACCGGGAAGCCAGCUCCAGAGGACUACCCCCUGUUCCCUUCUCUCAACCUUGCUGAUGGAAAGUGGCACCGUGUGGCCAUCAGUGUGGAGAAGAAGACGGUCACCAUCAUUGUAGACUGUAAGAAGAAGAUCAUCAAGCCUCUCCUCAGGAGUGACCAUGCCUCCAUCAGCACCAACGGCAUCACCGUGUUCGGCACCAGGCUUCUCGAUACGGAGGUUUUCCAGGGUGACAUUCAGCAGCUUCUGAUUGUUGCUGAUGCCAAAGCAGCAUACGACUACUGUGAACAUUACAGCCCAGACUGUGACACUCCCCACAGCGAUUCUCUGCAGGCACAGGAGCCAGAGGAGUACACUACUGACUUUUCAGAUUACUCUCAGUUCUAUGAUUACUCUGAGGGAGCAACAGACAUCACUCCAACCGGUGAUUAUUAUGAACCUCAGCUAAACAAUGUAGAGGGAGAUUACAAUACAGACAUUGACUACGGAACUGUACAUGGUUCUCAGACUCAGUCCCCCUUUGACACCAGUGGACCCAAUCAGGCCGUGGAGGAGGAUUUUAUCGGUGAGUCCAUCACUGGGGCUGCUCCCGUUGCUCCGGAGCCCACCGCUGUUGCUAAGGCAGCGGACAACUUGGACACCGGUGCGGAUGCAUAUGAUUUUAAGGAAUAUGACCUACAGGAGUAUGACUUAGGCGAGAAUGAAAGGAGAGUGUAUGAUUAUGGGCCAUAUGAUGAGUAUGGAACGGCUCCUUCCAAAGAACCAACAGCCUACGACGAUGAGGUUGGGCCUGGGAUUGCUGCAGAAACAGAUGUUUCUGAGAGUACCAUCGCCGGUGGUGAAGCCGCCUUUGGCCAGAAGGGCGAGAAGGGCGAGCCAGCCGUGAUCGAACCCGGCAUGCUUAUCGAAGGACCACCAGGACCACCUGGCCCAGCUGGUCUUCCAGGUCCUUCAGGCCUACAAGGACCCCCAGGCACUGCUGGAGAUCCAGGUGACAGAGGUCCUCCUGGUCGCGCUGGUCUACCUGGUGCUGAUGGUUUACCUGGACCUCCUGGUACCAUGCUGAUGCUGCCAUUCCGUUUUGGUGGAGAUGGUGAGAAAGGUCCGGUGGUGUCGGCCCAAGAAGCCCAAGCACAGGCCAUCCUUUCUCAGGCCAGACUGGCCAUGCGGGGACCUCCCGGGCCGAUGGGUUUGACUGGAAGAUCCGGGCCUGUGGGUCCACAUGGUGCGGCUGGACUGAAGGGUGAAAGCGGUGAUCCAGGUCCUGCGGGUCCCCGUGGUGUUCAGGGGCCUUCAGGACAAACUGGCAAAGCUGGCAAACGGGGCCGAGCUGGAGCCGAUGGUGCCCGUGGGAUGCCCGGAGAGUCAGGUGCCAAGGGUGACCGAGGAUUUGACGGACUGCCCGGGCUACCCGGUGAAAAGGGACACCGGGGAGAGCCAGGACCGAUGGGUCCAACAGGAGCCCCCGGAGAGGACGGACAGAGAGGUGAAGAUGGAGAGAUCGGGCCCAGAGGAUUAGCUGGAGAGAGUGGUCCCAGAGGUUUGCUGGGACCUCGUGGUCCUCCAGGACCCCCCGGAGCACCUGGUGUAGCUGGAGUUGAUGGCCCUCAAGGUCCCAAAGGAAACAUGGGUCCACAAGGAGAACCAGGCCCACCCGGUCAGCAAGGAAUCCCUGGAACACAGGGUCUUCCUGGUCCUCAAGGUCCUAUUGGACCACCUGGAGAGAAAGGUCCUCAGGGCAGGUCUGGGUUGGCUGGAUUACCUGGAGCUGAUGGGCCUCCUGGUCAUCCUGGUAAAGAAGGUCCAGCUGGAGAGAAAGGAGCCCAAGGUCCUCUAGGUCCCCAGGGUCCGAUCGGUUAUCCUGGCCCUCGUGGUGUCAAGGGUGCUGAUGGUGUCCGAGGCCUCAAGGGUUCAAAGGGAGAAAAGGGUGAGGAUGGUUUCCCAGGUUUCAAGGGGGACAUGGGGAUCAAAGGUGACCGGGGAGAGCUUGGCUUGGCCGGUCCUCGUGGAGAGGAUGGUCCUGAGGGACCUAAAGGCAGAGCUGGCCCCAAUGGAGAGUCUGGACCCAUCGGUCCAGCUGGAGAGAAGGGGAAACUGGGCGUCCCAGGAUUACCAGGUUAUCCCGGACGACAAGGACCUAAGGGCUCAAGUGGAUUUCCAGGAUUCCCAGGGGCCAACGGAGAGAAAGGAGCAAGGGGUAUCGCUGGAAAACCUGGUCCAAGAGGGCAAAGAGGUCCAACGGGUCCCCGUGGUGCUCGAGGAGCCAGAGGUCCAACAGGAAAACCUGGUCCCAAGGGCACAGCUGGCAAUGAUGGUCCUCCAGGUCCACCUGGUGAGAGAGGACCUCAAGGACCACAGGGACCAGUGGGCUUCCCUGGACCUAAAGGCCCUCCUGGACCACCUGGAAAGGAUGGGCUGCCCGGACACCCUGGCCAGCGUGGAGAGACGGGUUUCCAAGGAAAAACUGGUCCACCAGGGCCAGGAGGUGUGGUUGGACCCCAGGGACCCACUGGAGAGACUGGUCCUGUUGGUGAGAGAGGACACCCUGGACCUCCUGGUCCACCCGGAGAGCAGGGUCUUCCAGGUGCUGCUGGCAAGGAAGGAGCCAAGGGUGACCCUGGACCUCAAGGAUCCUCUGGUAAGGAUGGGCCCCCUGGCCUUCGUGGCUUCCCUGGAGAGCGAGGUUUACCUGGUGCAACGGGCCCAGCAGGUCUAAAGGGAGGAGAGGGGCCUCAGGGUCCACCUGGUCCUGUUGGUUCCCCUGGUGAGAGGGGUCCUGCAGGUCAAGGUGGUCCAGUUGGCCAAACUGGAAGACCUGGUCCCCAGGGCCCUCCAGGUCCCGCUGGGGAGAAAGGCGCACCUGGUGAAAAAGGACCUCAAGGUCCAGCUGGUCGUGACGGUGUCCAGGGUCCUGUCGGUCUGCCUGGGCCUGCUGGACCCCAGGGUCCACCUGGUGAAGAUGGUGACAAGGGAGAGGUUGGGGAGCCUGGUCAGAAAGGAAGUAAAGGUGACAAGGGAGAGCAGGGACCUCCUGGACCUGCUGGUCUCCAAGGUCCCAUAGGUGCCCCUGGUCCUGCUGGAGGCGAUGGAGAGCCUGGUCCCCGAGGUCAGCAGGGUAUGUUUGGACAAAAGGGAGAUGAAGGUGCCAGAGGGUUCCCUGGACCCCCCGGUCCCAUCGGCCUGCAGGGACUUCCUGGACCUCCGGGUGAAAAAGGGGAGAAUGGUGAUGUUGGGCCCAUGGGUCCUCCUGGUCCCCCUGGUCCCAGAGGCCCUCAGGGUCCCAGUGGAGCUGAUGGUCCACAAGGUCCUCCAGGUGGUGUCGGCCCCAUGGGGUCUGUGGGUGAGAAAGGUGAGCAAGGAGAGGCUGGAAACCCAGGACCCCCUGGAGAGUCUGGAACUAAGGGACCUAAAGGUGAGAGAGGAGAGAAAGGAGAGGCUGGCCCACCUGGAGCUGCAGGACCUGCUGGUGCCAAAGGUCCCCCUGGAGAUGAUGGUCCAAAGGGCAACCCUGGUCCAGUAGGAUUCCCUGGAGACCCCGGCCCCCCUGGAGAGCCAGGUGUGGCUGGCACAGACGGAGAACCAGGAGAGAAGGGAGAGGACGGUGAAGCCGGUCAGCCUGGACCUCCAGGUCCAUCUGGAGAGGCCGGCCCACCCGGUCCACCUGGCAAGCGAGGACCUCCAGGAGCUGCCGGUGCAGAGGGCAGGCAAGGAGAGAAGGGCGCUAAGGGUGAAGCAGGUGCAGAGGGCCCAGCUGGUAAAACAGGACCCGUUGGCCCCCAGGGACCUUCAGGAAAGCCUGGCCCAGAAGGUCUGCGUGGAAUCCCUGGCCCUGUUGGUGAACAAGGAUUGCCCGGCUCUCCAGGACAAGACGGUCCACCAGGUCCCAUGGGUCCUCCCGGACUUCCUGGCCUGAAAGGUGACCCUGGCUCUAAAGGUGAAAAGGGCCACCCAGGUUUGAUCGGUCUGAUUGGACCCCCUGGAGAGCAAGGAGAGAAGGGCGACCGAGGUUUGCCAGGACCCCAGGGCUCUCCUGGUAGCAAGGGUGACAGUGGUAUCGGUGGAGCUACUGGUCCCCUCGGUCCCCCAGGUCCUCCUGGUCUGCCUGGCCCUCAAGGUCCCAAAGGAGCCAAAGGUUCAUCUGGUCCUGCAGGUCCGAAAGGAGACACUGGUACGAUUGGUCCUCCUGGUCCUGCUGGCCCACCAGGUGAGGUUAUCCAGCCACUCCCCAUUCAAUCGCCCAAGAAGACCAAGCGCUCCAGCGACAUGCUGUCAGACGCAGCUGGUACCUUUAUGGAUUACAGCGAGGGCAUGGAGGACAUCUUUGGCUCGCUGAACAGCCUCAAACAGGACAUUGAACGAAUGAAAUAUCCAAUGGGCACACAAAACAACCCAGCCAGAACAUGCAAAGAUCUCCAGCUCUGCCACCCAGAAUUCACUGAUGGCGAGUAUUGGAUUGAUCCAAACCAAGGCUGCUCAGGGGAUUCCUUCAAAGUCUACUGCAACUUCACUGCUGGAGGCGAAACCUGCAUCUAUCCUGAUAAGAAGUCCAACGGAGUCAGAAUAUCCUCGUGGCCCAAAGAAGUCCCGGGUUCAUGGUUUAGUGAAUUUAAGCGUGGUAAAAUAUUUUCCUAUGUGGACAUAGAUGGAAAUUCAAUAAACAUGGUACAGAUGACCUUCCUUAGGCUACUGACGGCAUCAGCCAGGCAAAACUUCACCUACAGCUGCCACCAGUCUGUGGCGUGGCAUGACGCCUCCAGCGACAGCUACGAUAAGGCGCUGCACUUCUUGGGUGCCAACGACGAGGAGAUGUCCUACGACAAUAACCCCUAUAUUACAGCCAUCUCAGACGGAUGUGCGACAAGGAAGGGCUAUGGAAAGACUGUGAUGGAGAUAAAUACUCCCAAAAUUGAUCAGGUUCCAAUCAUCGAUGUCAUGUUGACUGACUUUGGGGAUCCUAACCAGAAGUUUGGGUUUGAAGUUGGACCCGUCUGCUUCCUUGGCUAAAGAAUAAUGAAAAAAACAAACAAACGAAGGACUUGAUGGGGACAGCAAAGAAAGUCAAGUUGAGACAUUCUGGGUACCACCAAACCCCAUUUUUAGCCCCCCCACCACCCUUUUCUAUGCCACAUGCAAGUUUUGAAUAAAAGAUGGUGUAGCAAACAUGUCUCUCCAUGUAUGUACGUGUAACCCAGGAAAAUACUUGUUGCCCUUGUAGGGCUCGAACCACAUGACUAAACCACGUUAUGGAGCAAAAGGUGAAGGACAUUGGAAAGCGUGGCAGAGGAGGGUGAAUCGGAGGUAGCCAAGAGGGGGGGUCAGGCGACAUCAAGGGGAAACUGAUCUCCUCUCUGGAUUCUCCAGGUGCUGUAUGAAAAUGACUACAAUGGUGCUUGAUCAAAACACACAAAAAGUAUAUAGAGGUGCUAAGAAAGAAGGUGUAUUUUGAUAAUUAUAUUAAAAAAAGAAAACUGUAAUUAUUAUUUUGUACAAUACUGUUAUUUCUGAAUCCACUUUCAAAACUUGCAUGUGUAUCAGAUUCUGCUUUUGGCUCUUUUAAUUUCAAGGUUGGUUCAAAGAUAUACAGUGUAAGUUAAAGACAUCAUUAUAUCAAAUAAAUUUAUAAUUCUGGUAUUUUUCUUUCGUUCAGCCCAUUCUGUUUACAUGUAUUGAAGCAAAUAAAAGUGAGCAUUCAAACAAUUCCCUAUUGCUAAAUUAGACUGUAUGCCCUUUGUAUAUAUUAACAGUCCAGAGCUUGAGGUUAUUUGCUGUUGUACCAUUGUGACCGUCGGUGAAACAACUAGAAGUAUCACACCAGCACGCAUAUAUGGCAACAUCUCCCACUAAUGUUGUGAUCCUGUGCUUGUAGGAAGCAGGUCUGACAACCAUUUUCCUUUAUUUAAGUCUAUUUGUUGUUUUUUUUCUGUUUCAUUUUUUGACAGGCUUUUUUUUUUUCUUCUUUUUUUUGGUCGUAUACCUCAAACUUUCUUGAUAACCUUCAAAAUGCAAGGAUGCUAUGCCCUGUAUAUACCUUGGUUAAGCAAUUAAGUUUAUAUAUUUUGGGUGGGGAUUUUUUUAAGAGAGAAAUUCGUUAACUGUUAGACAUCCACUGUUCAAAUCCUUCUGUGAAUGCAAUGAGAAGCCCUUGCGGUGUCCCAUUUUUGUAUCUAAAAUGAGAAAAUGUUUUAAUGUGCUUUUUAUAGUUCAUUUAAAUAUUAAAAACUGGAUUCUAAACAACA